AGUUCUUCGCUUUCUAGUCACAUAGAGGUUGUGGAAUCCGGUCUGCCUCCAAGGUCACUUACAGAGUUGUUCGUCUUUAAACUUGAUCACGAAGAAUAGCAGUUAUAGUACUGAGUCCAAGUAGACUAGACAGCGUUUAAAAAAAAACUGUUCGCCAUAAAGAAGAACUUGAAUGUGGAGCAAAAAAUAUCAUUACCUGACCGAAUCAGUUCGUGUAUAACCAGCAGAAACUUAUUAUUUUAUAUCUAGAAUAUUAUAAUGCCUCUUAAUCAGCCCGAAACAACGCUAAUCUUCUAAAAUACAGAGAAAACUAAGCUUCAUUAUUAACACUUAUUUCUCGAGUAGAAAGCAUUCAACGAAUAACGUCCACAAUGGCUAACUGGACAUUCUUGGAAAAUUCCACCUCUGAAAACAUUUCUGACAUCCUGAUGGAAGAUAUUCCUCAUGAAAACGUUUUCAUCCUACCUUGGUGGAAACAGACUCUCUGGAGCUUAGUGUUCGGAGGUAUGGUACUGGUGGCCACAGGUGGCAAUCUGAUCGUCAUCUGGAUAGUCCUAGCUCACAAACAGAUGAGAACAGUCACCAAUUACUUCCUCGUCAAUCUUAGUUUAGCAGACACCAUGGUAUCUACUCUGAAUGUCAUAUUCAAUUUUACCUACAUGUUGAACACAGAUUGGCCCUUUGGUUGGGCCUAUUGUAAAAUAUCCAACUUUAUCGCCAUUGUCUCUGUGUCUGCGAGCGUCUUCACCUUGAUGGCUAUAUCAAUUGACAGGUAUAUGGCCAUCAUGCACCCACUGAAGCCUCGAAUGUCUCGAAUGACUACACUUAUAAUUACUCUGUGUAUAUGGGUGGCUGGAAGUCUUCUCUCCCUGCCCAAUCUUCUCUACUCUACUACCAUCACAGAAAUGUUCUCUAACGGCGAUUAUCGAAUUAUCUGUUUCAUGGUUUGGCCUGAUGGAUACUCGAACGUUAGUUAUACCGAAUACAUCUACAACGUUGUUAUCCUGGUACUUACUUACAUGUUGCCCAUUACUUCUAUGACUUACACCUAUUUCCGAGUGGGCCGAGAGCUGUGGGGAAGUCAAAGCAUUGGAGAAUGUACCGAAAAACAAUUAGAAGCUGUCAGAUCCAAACGGAAGAUUGUGAAGAUGAUGAUCGUUGUUGUAUUUAUCUUUGCUGUUUGCUGGCUACCCUAUCACAUUUAUUUCUUGUUAGCUCACCAUCACCCCGAGAUUAUUAGCUCCGACUACGUACAACAUAUUUACUUGGCAAUUUACUGGCUCGCCAUGUCUAACUCUAUGUACAACCCCAUCAUUUACUGUUGGAUGAAUAGCAGGUUUCGUCAAGGAUUCAAGAAAGUGUUUCUGAUGUGCUUUUGUGCUAAAAAAACUAAUUCCAUGAGGCUGUAUGAGCAGCGCCACCAUGCGACUGGUCAUUAUAGUUGCUCAGAGCCUUAUGCUUACACGAAGGUGACAUUCAACGGAAACGCCAAUGUUACUCUUCACACUGUCACUGAGACGCUGAAUGGUAGUGGAAGCUUCAGUACUCCCAUUCUUCCGCCAAAGCUCGUCGAUAAGAAAGAAGAAUUGUCAAACGUGUGAUCUGAUUAAUUGAUAUUGCCGUUUUUACUUAUUCUUACUUUAUGCCUGAAUCAAAAGACGUUCAAGUACUUGAUGGAAUUAGUUUGAGUAACCGUGUAUUUUUUUCUCAUUAUAAAAUAAUUUAAAAGGUCUUGCGAAUAAAAUAUGGUGCUGAAAUGAUGUUUUUUCAACUGAGAAGAAUUGAAUUAUCUAGUUUGUAAGGAAAAAAAAAUAGAAUUCUUAAAGCAAAAUUGUUAGACAUAUGAGCCAUGUUGCCGAUGGAUCGUUCAGUUUUGUGGAUAAGUAACUGAGAGAAUAAAUUGAUGUGUAUGAAUGAGAAUCUCUAGUUCUAUCUUUUUCAAAUCUUAUUCUCGUCUUCUGUAAGAUUCAUUCAAACUCUGUAGUCUGGAGAUGCGUGAAUGUACUCGUCAACAUCAAAUGCCCUGAAAAACAAGUAAUGAUCAAGAUGAUUUUAGUCCUGAAAUCUGAAUCGGUUAUGCGUGAAAAUGGUGGAUUCUGUGUGUGUGUGUGUGUUUGCUUUUUGGAGGCUUAGAAUCGAGUUAAAACGUUUUAUUGGAUAAAAAAAGUUCUAUCGAAACAUUAAAAGGGUUAUUUGAGCUUUAUUAAUCGACGUUGUAUAGUUAUUUAUAUUGUGUUUAUUUAAAGAAGACUGCAUGGAGAAUUACUAAAUUAAAGUUUCUCGUGAAACACCUAUCCGAAAUGUAAUGAAUAUAAUGUUACACAUCCUGCAUCAGAAUGUGGCUCGUGUUUCAUUCUCAAUUUACGUAGCCCCCGAUGGCUCAAUAGCAAGUCUGAAGGAUUACAGCGCUAAUUAUCGGGUUUCGAUACCCCCUUUGAGCACACCACAGAUAGACCAUUGUGUAGGUUUGUGCUUAACAAAACAUAAGCUCAAUUCACGUAAAAGUUUUAGUAUACCAGUGUGGAAUAAUCAGGAUAAAGCAAGAUACUUAAGAUUGAAAUAACAAACUUAAAUUAAGUCUGUGUAAACCGUUUUUCAGAUGGGCUGAAGCUGUACAAAUUUUUAUUUCUAUUAAAAGUUUUGUCUGAAAACAAAGCAUAUUUUUCUUUAAUAUUAACUUUAUCAGAUAUUUGUUUAAACUGUUAUAUGGGUUGAAGUUGUGCAAACUGUUAUUUGGAUUAAAACUAUUAUCACAUCCGAAAGGGAUGUACCAUCCCAUGGUAUUUAACAGUAUUACUAAAAAA